AUGUAAAAGUCUAUAGGGAAAUAUACAACAUCAACAUCAGGUUAUUUAGGAAAUGGGUCGUUAGGGAGAGUAAAUAAUUAAAUAUAUAUUAGGUUGAAAAAGCAAAAGACUCUGAGAAAAACAUAGAUGUUGUUUUAAAAGCAAUACCUAAGAAUAUUUUAAAAGAUGACGAAGCUAUUCAGUUGGCUUUAUUCGAUGAAAUAAAAUUAUUAUAGAAAAUAAAGAAUUAAAAAAUAGUAGAAUUAUUAGAUGUAUUUUUACAUGAUGGAACAUACUAUAUAGUAAUGGAAUAUAGUCAAUAAAAUUUAUAACAGUUAAAUAUUUGAUGUUAAUGUUAGAUAUUUAAAGAAGGACAAAGAAAAGAUGUGUAUGAGUGAAUAAGAGGCUAUAAAGAUGUUAAAUGAUUUACUUGAGGGAUUUACUGAAUUGAAUUAGCAUGGAAGAAUGCAUAGAGGAUUAAAAUUAUCAAAUAUUAUGGUUAAUGAUGGAGUAUUUAAAUUAGCUGGUAUAACAUUAAAAUUAUGAAUUAGAUUGUUCCUUAACUAAAUGUUUAGAGUCUUUUAGAAAAGAAUAAUAAUAAUUAUCGUAAUAUUAAUAUAUGUCCCCUUAAAUUUUAAAAAAUGAAAAAUAUACUAAUAAAUGUGAUAUAUGGUCAAUUGGUAUUAUAUUAUAUUAAGUACUUUAUGGAUAUACACCUUGGUUUGAAACUAAAAUAGAUGAAUAUAUAAAUAAAUUAUGGCAAAAUUUACUUUAAUUUCCAGAUGAUAAAAAGAAAAUUAGUAAUGAAAUGAAAUCAUUUAUUGAAGGAUGUUUAGCUAUUGAAGAAGGUUUAUAUAUAUGAUUUAUAUAUUUUAGAGGAAAGAUUUGAUUGGGAUGCAGUUUAUAAACAUAAAUUAGUUAGUGAACAUUUUAAAAAUUAUCAAUCAGAAAUCAAAAACAAUCAAAUUAAAUUUUUAAUGAAUGAAGUCAGGUAAAAAAUUAUUAAGUAAAAUAUUGAUGUUGUUAAAUUAUUUAAAGAACUUGAUGUUGAUGGAAAUGAUAAAUUAGCAUUUAGAGAAUUAUAGAAACUACUAAAAAAUAUUGAUAUGACAAUAUCUAAUAAUGAUUGUAAAAUCAUAUUUAAAUAACUUGAUUUAAAUGAUGAUAAAAGUAUCUCAUUUGAUGAAUUUGCUGAGUGGUUAACAGAUAAUAAUACUAAAAUUAAAAAGGCAUUAUUAACUAGAAAAUUUCAUCGUUAAUCUACUUUAAAAAAUUCUACAUCCCCUUUAAUUUAACCAUAAUAACCCAAAUAAAUCACUCCUUAAAGUUUAGUCAAUAUUUAAACACCUAUUGUUUGUUUUGAUAAUUAAAUUAAUAAUCCUAUGAUUACUUUAGAAGAUUUAGAUUCUAAUCCAUUUGAAGAUAUAUGUAAUUAACGAUCUCCUGAAUAAACUAUUUUAUUACUUAAAGAUGGAAUCAACCAAACUAGACUUAACUUAAAAGAUAUUUUUAUUAGAUUUGAUCAAAAUAGAGAUGGAUUUAUCAAUUUCUAAGAAUUUUUUACGAUGGCUAAGUAAAUUAAUUAAUAAUUUACUAAUGAAGAAUUAAGAAUAGCAUUCAAAGUUUUUGAUUUAAAUGAUGAUAAUUAUAUUAAAUUUGAGGAAUUUAAAGAUAUACUUGCUAUCACAAUCCAAAGAGUAUAUUAAUAUAUUUAUUUAAUUUAGCCUAAUAAAUAAAAUAUCAAUUUUUCAUCAUUUCCAUUGUAGAAUUAAAGUGCUCCUUUUUUUGGUACAUAAUAUUAAACUUAACCAUAAUAACCAUUAUAACCAUAAUAACCAUAAUAACCAUAAUAAUUAUACUAAAAUAAUAUGUAUUAAAAUACUCCAUAAUAUAAUUAAUUCUAAUAAGGUGGAUAACAAUAAUAUCCUUAAUAAUAAUAAUUUAAUUCUGGAAUUAACAAUCGCGUUCCCUCUUAAAAGGAUUUAAAUAUCGCUUAUUAACUUAUGAAUUAUUGA